CACAUACCCGCCUCAGACGUCGAUGCACCGCGUUAUACCCGCAACGAAGACCCCGAUUAACCAAUACUCUCACUCUCAAUUUUGCUCAAACCACACGAGACAAUGACAACCACGAAGGUUAGCUUUAGCGCCGUAAACGACGACUGCAGUGGACCGCACACCAGAGAUCCGACGCCGUACAUUCGUGCUCCCGAUACUCACGUCCCCAUUAAUGAUCAAGAGUCUUCACAAUACCUUCAAGCGGACCACCACGAGCUCACCAAGCGACGGUUGUUCGUCACAUACAACACGCACCUGCGUGAAUGUCUUGCCGAGUUCCUGGCUACGGUCUUAGCCAUCACGUUCGGUCUUGGAGGGAUCGCUCAAAAUGCUCUUUGGAAUGGAGGAGGAGACACCAUGACUGUCAGCGUCGGCUGGGGAGUGGCCGUGAUGCUUGGCACGUUCGUCGCGGACAGCGUCAGUGGUGCUCAGAUCAUCUCCGUCAUUACUGUCACCAACGCCGUGUACGGCCGUAUGCCGUGGUGGAAGGUCCCUGGUUACAUGGUCGCUCAGAUACUUGGAGCUUUCGUCGGUGCAGCACUGAUCUACGUCCUGAACGCCCAGAAAAUCCGUCGUGAGGAUCCGAACCAAGAAACCAUGUACAGACUCUUUAUCACAUAUGCACGCGAUGGCGUCUCGAACUACACGGCGUUCUACACAGAAGUGCUAGCGUGUGCGUGUAUCAUGUUGGCUUCCUACGCCAUCAAGGACAGACGCAACCGCUGGCCUGGCAAUAGAGGUACCCCGUUCGCCUUAGCUCUGCUGGUCACGGCCAUUUCGUGUGCGUUCAGCUCCAAUUCUGGUCUUGGUAUAAGCCCAAACCGAGACUUCGGUCCUCGCCUCUUCACUUAUAUCAUCGGGUAUCACAUGGUGUUCACAGAAGACUCGCACUACUUCUGGAUCCCGAUCGUAGCGCCAUUAAUCGGAGGUAUCAUUGGCGGUGGACUUUACAUUCUCUUCGUUGAAACACAGCACCCUGAACUCCCACAAAAAUCAACGUCGGAUCGAGAACGAGUUCUCGAAAGUGUCUAGAGAAUUAAACCGUGCAAUACAAUAAUGUACUGCACGAUGUGUUCAUAAAUUGCAG